AAGAUUGGUUUUACACGUUGUAUUGUUGUAAUACGAAGAGAAAGUCUCCAAAGAAUCCGGAUAACGUGAACCCAAAUAAUUUCAACUUCUUACUCUGUCUUGCCGCCCAUUUCACCAUUUCAACCCAUAAAUCAUAAUCCUUCCCAAUAAAAUACUCCAAAACUUCCUCCUCCAUCAUGAAUCCAACAACUCUAUGAUCUAUCAAUCACUCGAUUUCAAUCCAAUCUAUUCAUUCAAUUCAUGGGACUCUAAUAAUGGAGGAAGAAAAGCAUAUGCUAUUGGGUGGGAAGUACGAGAAGGGGAAGCUCAUCGGAACAGGCACCUUCGCCAAGGUUUACCAUGGCCGGGAGGUCUCCACCGGUGAAAGUGUCGCCAUUAAAGUCAUCAACAAGGAUCAAGUUCGAGACCAGGGCAUGGUUGAGCAGAUCCAAACGGAGAUCUCCGCCACUCGCCUUGUUCGACAUCCCAAUAUCGUUGAGCUUCGUGAAGUUUUCGCUACUAAAUCUAAGAUCUAUUAUGUUAUGGAGUAUGUCUCCGGUGGUGAACUCUUCGCGAAAGUCUCCGGUGGUGGACGGCUAAAGGAGGAUGUCGCUCGUAAGUAUUUUCAGCAGCUGAUUAGCGCCGUUGAUUUUUGCCAUAGCCGUGGUGUCUCCCACCGUGAUAUCAAGCCGGAGAAUCUACUUCUCAACGGAAAUGAUGACUUGAAAAUCACGGAUUUCGGAUUCUCUGCUCUGCCGGAGCAGAAACGUUACGAUGGACUUCUACAUACACAGUGUGGGACUCCUGCUUACGUUGCACCGGAGGUGUUAAGGAAGAAGGGGUAUGAUGGUGCGAAAGCUGAUAUAUGGUCAUGCGGCGUCGUUUUGUAUGUGUUGUUAGCUGGAUUCCUCCCGUUUCACGAUGAGAAUCUAAUGAAUCUGUAUCGGAAAAUCUUCAAGGCGGAGUACGAGUUUCCGCCGUGGUUCUCCCCGGAAACUCGGAAACUGAUCUCGAAACUUCUGAUGGCGGAUCCAGAGCGGCGGAUCUCGAUUGAAGGAAUAAAUCGUGUGCCGUGGUACCGGCGGGGUAUUUCCCGGAACAGCUCGUUUCGAUCAAAGCGAGAAAGAGUUUCAUCUCCAGAUCCGACACCUGGAUUGAAAAAAUCAAUAUCAUCGCCUUCGUUUUUCAACGCUUUUGAGCUGAUUUCAUCUAUGUCGUCUGGAUUUGACUUAUCUACUUUGUUCGAGAGCAAGGAGAAGAAGAAGGUGGCGUCAAUGUUCACGUCGAAAUUUUCAGCGGCGGCGAUCGUGGAGAGGAUAGAAGCGGCGGCGCGGGGGAUGAGGUUUAUCGUUGAGACGGAGGAUGAUUUCAAGGUGAGGAUAGAUGGAACGGAGGAGGGACGGAAAGGACCGUUGGCAGUGACGGCGGAGGUGUUUGAGAUGGCGGCGGAGAUGACGGUGGUUGAGUUUACGAAGGAUUCCGGCGAUACUCUGGAGUACGAGAGGUUCUGUGAGGAAGGCAUUAGACCGGCGUUGAAGGAUAUCGUGUGGACGUGGCAAGGCGACGUCGGAAGUUCUAACGGCGCCGGUGAAGUUACAGUUAACUCCGGUUAAUUAUUUUGUAAAACGUUUUGUUUGAUUUUUGCUAAUUGCUGAUUUACCAUGCUCACAUCACAAAAAAAUAAGAAAUAUUUGUAUGUUUGAAACUUGUUUUAAGAAUAGAACUGUAUUUUAUUGGUAUAAA